AAGAAUUAAACAAGGAAGAAAAUGAAGAUAGGAAAACAGAAAUAAUCCAUAAAUUAAAUGAUGAAUUAAAUCAAUUAGAUGUUAAAACAAAUAUAGUAUUAUGUGAUGGGUGUCAAAAGGAGAAUAUAUUUGACCCAUUAUGUGAAUUGCUCACCAAAUUAAAUGAAUCAAAAGCAUCAAUUAAUUCAAACAAAUUACUUGACACGUUAAAAAUAAUAGAAGAUUGUACUGGUUGUAAAAAAUGUGCACAAAAAAAUUAUUUUGAUUUAUUUUAUGAAUCAUUAAACAAAUUAAAAAAGAUUUCAGAAGAAUUAGACAAGGAAGAAAAUGAAGAUAGGGAAGCAGAAAUGAUCCAUAAAUUAAGUGAUGAAUUAAAUGAAUUAGAUGUUGAAAUAAAUAGAAUAGCAUUAUGUUAUGGGU